UUACGUUCUGCAGACACGCGCAAUGAUAGCCGGAAGCAUCGAUGGAAGGAAAAUAAAAAUCGAUUAAAUCCACUGUUAUUGGUGAAUGUAAAGCUCCCACUCUCGGCUCAUUCCCGGACCACCGGCUCGACCCCCUCGACCCCCCCCAGCGCUGCCGUGCUGCGGCCGCGGCCGCGGGCUCCGACCCCGCUCCGCCCGGACCGAGUUGCUGGUAGGGCUUUAGCUGACGUGUGGAGAAGUUGAGACUGGCCGAGAGCAGAUAAACAAACACUCACAAGCGGGGACCCUACCGUCCUCACCGAGCCGACAGCUGCCAGCCAGGGCAGGGAUGGCCACAGUCCCCACCAUGACCCGCCGGGGACCGUGAAUUAUACCAUUAUACCUGCUCCAGAACAGCUGUCAACACCGGCACACAAAGAGCUGGAGACAGACACGAGGAGAGGCUUUAGCCGGGGAUCACUGGUGCUGGGGCUGGGAAAGACACACCGAGCUGGGCAUGGCCAGCCAGUGAGUUCACCCUCCACAUCUCAUCUGUAACCACACCAAUACACAUUACAGGGCGAGGACACGGAGUGGAGUGAACAUGGCCCACCAGGCAACCCCCAGUUCCCAGAAGGCCCUGAUGAUGGAGCUGAAGUCUCUGCAGGAGCAGCCGGUGGAAGGUUUCCGCAUCACCCUGGUGGAGGAGUCUGACCUCUACAACUGGGAAGUUGCUAUCUUCGGGCCCCCAAAUACCCUGUAUGAGGGAGGCUACUUUAAGGCUCACAUCAAGUUCCCAGUCGAUUACCCAUACUCCCCACCUACCUUUCGCUUCCUCACCAAGAUGUGGCACCCAAACAUUUAUGAGAACGGAGAUGUCUGUAUCUCCAUCUUGCAUCCUCCUGUCGAUGACCCACAGAGUGGUGAGCUGCCGUCUGAGAGGUGGAACCCCACCCAGAACGUCAGGACCAUCCUGCUCAGUGUGAUCUCCCUGCUCAAUGAGCCCAACACCUUCUCUCCAGCUAACGUGGAUGCCUCUGUGAUGUUUCGCAAAUGGAGGGACAGUAAAGGCAAGGACAAGGAGUAUGCAGAGAUAAUCAGGAAGCAGGUGAUUUCAACGGCAGCGGAGGCCGAGCGGGAUGGCGUCAAGGUGCCAACCACGUUGGCAGAGUACUGUGUCCAAACCAGGGUUCCUUCUCAGGACAGCAGUUCGGACCUUCUCUACGACGACCUCUAUGAUGACGACAUGGAGGAAGAAGAUGAAGAGGAAGAUGACAGCGAGAUGGAGUCCAUAGGUGAGGCCGGGGGCAUCAGUGCCGUGGAGGAAGGUGGGACAUCCACCAGACGUUAUGACAACCAGGACGACUCUGGCAACGAAGACUCAUGAUGAUCUGGAGAAUGACUUCUUCCCCCCAACUCCUACCGCCCUAAUUCUUCUUCUUUUUUUUUCUUCUUUUUUUUUAAUCGUGUCUGCGUGUGCUGAUAUGUCUUUAUGUGUGUGUGCGUGCGUGUGUGUGUGUGUGUGUGUGUGUGCGUGCGUGUGUGUGUGUAUGUAUGUGUGUUUGCACAUACAGUGGGGUCAAAAGUCUACUGCCAAAAACUUUUCAUCAUUUAUUAAACUAACACAAAUGUUUGAUCCAGCACUGGUUCUCCCAUGCUUUUGAACAAGAAGUUUGUUUUCACUUAAAAUCAGAAUUUGAUGUUUCCACCAUUUGCCUUAAUUACAGUUUGCACUCUGAUUAGUGUUUUUCAAAGUUUGAGAGGUUGAAUUAUUUCGACCCUGCUGGAGAGCAUCCUGACGGCAUGUCUAAAGUCGUAGUUCACAUUUUGAAGAUGUUUCCAUUUAAGAAUUUGAGGGUCCCUCCUCAUCCACGAUGCUUCAGCCACAAGUGAUGACACGGUCGGCACAUAUUAUUAUAUCCACGUCACGGACUCCGGAGAAUGCAUGAUAAGCCCAGGCGUGAAUAUUUAAAUAACUAAAGUUUUACUACAUCAUUCUCAUGUAACUUACUCCUCAUACAUCACAUAGUUAAGUAGUUUAUUGUUGAUUUGCACACGUUAAGUUAACUAUAUUUAUUUUGUACGAGCGUACAAGCAGAACAAGGUGCAAUUUAAAUAAAUGAUUUGGUAGCUGCAUUAGUUCUACUAGUUGGUUUUGUAUCUUGGACGCAGGCACAUCUCUGUGCACUUUAUGCAGUGGUAUUCAGGGGGUCGGAACGAGAACAAUCAUUUUUUUACAGAACUCUUUCCAAACAGCAACUUGUAGAUCUUUGGCUCCCAAAUGUUUUAGAAAGGCCAAGUCUUUUGGUUUAAUGUCCAGGUUUAGCAAGUAAUAAUAAAAACAACCAAUAUUUAGAGACGAUACUUCAGUAUGUCAGCGCUUGCUUCAGUUCUACGCGACACAUCCUUGACCUGCAGCCCAUGUUCUGAAUAGAGAAGUAGCUCUCAUGUUUAUAAAUGAUGAAAACAAGUUGUAUUCGUGGUGGUCUGUUGAAGCCCACUGUCACCGGCCAGCCUGGUUGGUCCAUGCUGAUUACUGAGUGCGUCUGCUAUGUCUCUCCUUGUUGCUGUUUUUUGGUUGACGCUCUGUCCUCACAUACUUAUUUCUUGUAUUUUUCUGGGAUGGUCUCGCUAAUGGACUUGAACUGGGCACUUUGGCUCAUUUACCAGUCGGUGUGCUGGCAAGCUUGUCAUUUCACCGUCUGUCCCUCAUGGCUGUCCAUAGACUUUGAUGAUCAGCUUGAACGCUCUCAUUUCUCCGCCCUGUUGAGUACGUUUCAGUUCUUUCUCAUGGUUCCCCUGAGGCAGCAUUGUUUUGUUUGGGCUGAACGACUGAAAAUGUUGUUUUUUUUGUUUGUUUUGUGGCCCCUGUCUCUGCCUCUUAAACCUCAGGGUCUCAGACUUUCACUGAGAGAGCAACAGCAGUUACAAAUCUUACAACACAAACUGCUCCUCGCCUCCACGUCAUUUUCUUACUUUCCGAACCACUGAAGGUUAUAAGAGUGCUUAGAGCGCUCUUCUUCUCCAAUCCCACUGCUACAUUUCACAUGAUGAAAUCAUUGCUAUUGGUGUAGAUUAGGGUGCUUUUAAGUUGUUUUUUUUUUUUCUUGGUAAGCAAGAGCCAAACAAAUAACAUCAACAUUUUUAUGUAGGGUGUUGGUCCUCGGGACAGUGCUCACAUCACGUUCCCAUGGAUGUGACAACUCGUUUCUGACUCCAGUAUUGUGAAAAUUGAGCAUUACGUUUAUUCGGUCAGUUCACUGACGGUGACAAAAUCCGAUUUAACACAGAUGCACUCUUGUAUUUGAGUGAAAAUGGCACUGAUUGCCUUUUCUUUUGUGUGUGUGUGCGUGUGCGUGUGCGUGUGUGUGUGUGUGUGUGUGUGUGUGUGUGUGUGUGUGUGUGUGUGUGUAUGCAUAUUUACAUUUACCAUCCAUGUUGGCAGCGGUUUCCUUGUUUUUCGUUUCUCUGGAUUCAGUGCAGACUUCUGUCAUAAAGUUUGCUC